AUGUCGGACAAUCCCGAAAAUACAGAUCCAAAAGCGCAGGAAAGAGAGGAUGGCACAAAGUCCCGCACGUUAAAAGAUGCGACACAUAAACUUAAAGCAGAAGCUCUAAGACGUUAUCAGCUUGGAGAUGUAGAGUAUGACAGCGAAGGCGCUAAAACUGAUGGUGGGCGCCAAGGUUCGUCUUCUGAUAAGAAUGUUGGAGACACCGAAAAGGACGGUGAAAAAAUUGAUUCAGAAAACCCAGAUUCUCCGAGCAAGGGAAAAGAUGAUGAUUUGAAUGGCGACAACGCCAACGACGAAGAAAGUCGAGAAGAUGAAAGUUUUGGAGGGGAUUCCUCGAAACCAAACGAAGGCAACGCUUUAGAGGAUUCUGUUCAUAGCAACAACAUGAAAUCUGAUAAAGAAAACGUUCAGAGAUCUGAAAUAUCCGAGAACGGAGGCGGUGAAACUAGUACUGAUGUCAAAGAUAAAGAUAUAAACAAUGGAAAUGAUUCAGUUCGGGAGGGAGAAAUAGCUAAUGAAAUCUCUAAACCUCAAAGUGAAGACACUUCGCGGGUUUCAAAUUCUCAGGACAAACCAGUACAUGUUCGUGGUUCGAGGCCUGGCUCGGCGAGUUCACGACCAGGCUCGGGCAAAGAAAGGCCAACAUCAGAGUCUGAAGGGUUUAAGAAAGGGGAGGAAGGCUAUCAGAAACCUAGCAGCAGACCUGGAUCAAGAGAUGGUAACAGGUCCAGACCAGGAUCAGGUGCUGACAAGAGGGCCAAGGACGAAGAACAAAACCAACAGUUAGCCAGUGGUAGGGAUGGGUCUGGUAUUGGGAGAAGGUCUCGACCACAGUCAGGAGACAAAGGAGGAGUUGCAGGCCAGGGAAGUGGUGAUGUCACCCAAGAUGGGUCUACCGUAGAAAGUCCUGGGGAUGCUAUUACUCAGAAAGAUGGGGCUCUUAUUAGUGAUGAAAUUGUUCAAACUGCAGAUGGUCUUUCUCAAUCCAAAACAAAUGGGGGUGAAAUAAAAGAAGGUGGUAUGGCAGCCAGAGAUGAUGCUUCCCUGGUAAAAAUUAAUGAAGGUGUAUCUCAAACAGAAGGCAAGGAUUUGACUGAACAGGGGCAAGGUCACCAUAGUGAUAAAUCAGUCUCAGAAAAUGUAACAGCUGAUAACAACACAGAAACAGUAAGUGAAGAAAACAGCUCUAAAUCAAAGCAGACAGGUGAUCAUGACAAAAUAAGUGAUGAUGUGUCACCACCCACAAGCGAGGAAGCAAAAUCUAAAGAUGUUGGUGAGGAUUCUAAACAAAAUCAUGACUCUCUUUCUAACAAUAAACAGGAUCCUGCAGUGGCAGAAGGAAAUAAAGAAGAAAAUGAAGGGGAAAAUUCUAAAGAAAGCAAAGGGGAUAAGAAGAAAGCAGAAAGUUCUGAUGGGGGAGGACAAGUUAAUGCUGAGUCAGAUGGAAAGGAAGAUUCAUCAGGAGCCAUGCAAACUGAUGAUAGUUCAAAGGACAGCAAGGAGCUAAUUGUCAGAACUGACAAAGGUGAAUUAUCAACAGAACCUGGUGAAGGUAAGAAAGAACAGGAAGAUGAUGCAGGAAAAUCAGAAUUGGAAGAAGGAGAAAGCAGAAAAGCAAUUAAAAGAGCUGAUCAGGAAGGUGGAGAUGAAGGUCACACAGGGGAAUCUUCAGAUGCAAAAGUUAAAGAGGAGGGUAAAGAAGGUGAUACAACUACUGGAGAAGCUGAUGAAAUGAAAAAGGAUGAGAGUGACAAAAAGAAGAAGAAGAAAAAAGCAAAGAAAGAAGGAGAGGAAAAGCAGGAGAGUUUGGAAGAAGAUGGCGAAGAGAAAGGAGACGGAACUGGAAAAGGAGAUGGAGAGGCACAACCUGGUGAACCAAAACAGACUGUACCAGGUAAAUUAUGAAAAUAAGCUACAAUUUAUAGCAAGUCAGUGAAAUAGAGAACCCAAAAUUUCACAAGUGUUGAGUUAGUAAUUCAAUUUUGAAUUAAAUUGGUCCAUUUACACUUUACAGUAGUAUCUGGUACAAGCAUCUCUACUUGAAAAAUAAAUUUGCCAACCAGUAGUUUCUGAGUUUUACGCCCACUUGUGUGACUCCUUACAUACAAAAGUUUUUUUGUAUGUUGUAAAAUGCUACGUUACUUUAUGCUUUCAAUUUUAAUUUUUUCUCUAAAUUCUAUUAUGAUUCCUGUUCUUUCUUAUGACUUAUACAUCCAGGCCCAUUUGUUUGAAGGCUGAUUAGCACUAACCCAGGGUUAAAUUUUAAUCCUGGUCUCUUUGUUUCUGUAUUCAAGAGCCUUUUAUUAGAUAGGUUACUCUUUUAUCUAUGGAGCAUCCAGUCAUCAAAUUGUAGUUAAAAGAAUGCCUCUGAAUUUUCUUUUAGAGCUUUCAGAUCUGAAAUCAAAUUCCAUACUAACCUUAGGUUAUCUUAACUCAUCUUUGAGCAACCUCACCCUGGUGUUUCAUCAGAGUAAAGUUGUGAUGUGAAGUCUUAAAUGAUUUCACAGUACUAAUGUGUAACUCUGUUGAAAUGUAGGAGAUACAGAAGAAGAGGCUGAAAGAAUUCUACCAGAUGACUUCUAUUAUGAUUUUGAUGAAUUAGUCUCAAAGGCAUUUUCAACAGAGGGAAUCCCAUCAGCAUUGUUAUCAUUUUAGUAUCCUUUUGGUUAGAUGUGAAUGUAAUACUUUCAUUUGGUGAUUAAAGUCUGCAAUUAAAAGUUCUAUAGCUUAGCAUUUCAUUUGAAAUCAAAUUGUCCUGAAGCUAUAAAACUCAAAGUAAUUACAUGUAGCACUUUGCACACAACAUACCUUUCUGUUGUCAAAUGCAAAUUUGUACUCUCAGUUUUAAGAUGCUUUUUCUUUAGAAUGUUUUGAAUUUCAGUAACUGGUUACAGUGAAAUUAUAGUUUCAUGUACAUGGUUGACCCUGUGUUAAAUGGAACAUGGAGGGUGACUACUUAAUACAGGUUGACCAGCAAAUGACUUGUGCAAUAUUUGUGCAUAAUGUUUCACAUCCCAGAGAAGAAAGAUAACAUGCAAUGUGUUGAGGACAUUUGAAUCAAAAGAGCCAACAGUGAUCUCAGGAGAUAAAAAGGGAAUUAAUGAACUUGAGAUAUUAUUUUAAGUUAACUGUUUCAAUUGAGUGCUUCCACUUGAAGUGAUGGCUUAAUACAGGUGGAAGACAACAUAAACAGGGGGUUGAAACUCAGUCAAAGGUAACCACAACCACUCAAUAGAGAUGAAUGCUUAAUGAAGGUGACUGCUUAUUAGAGGUGAAAAUUACAGUAAUUUAGGAGAACAAAUUUGUGACUUUGACAAUCAACUGCUUAAUAGAAGGUGACUGCUUAAUAUGAUGCACUUAAUCCAGGUUCUACUGCAGUAGGAUACAUUUGUUUACAUCCUUAACUCUCCUGUCUCUUCACAAGCCAUUCAUUUGGGUUUGAAUGUACCAAGAGAUCAAACCUCCAUGUCCUGGAUGAAAAUUGUGUUUUGUUCUCUGCUGGAAACUCGGUAGAGAUUCUCAAUCUAAAGACACAGGAGCAGACUCACAUUAGAACAUCGGGAGGAGGUGGAAUUGGGGCUGUUGCAGUAAGUUUUUAUCUUCAAUUUUUUUUAAACCACACUGGAUGUUUGAGUGAAGUGAUUGUUAUAGACACAUUUUGUAACUUCUAAUAUGAUUAUAGUGUUUCAUUACCAUCAUCUAUUUCCCAUUUCUAUCAUCUGUUUUAGUUGAUUUAUGCUUUGAAGCUGGAAUAACUUUAUUGUAAAUUCAUGAAAUUUAUGUUUGUCAAAGUACUAUACUUAAAGUUUGUGGUAAAAAAUUAAUGAUAAUUUCAAGAUUACAAGUCACAUCUAAACAUGGAUUUAUAAGAUUUAUUUCAGUCUCUAUCUUAAAAUCAGUUUAGGAAUUAUUCUCACACAGUGAUAAGUUUGUUUCAUGGUAACAGACACAGACAAGUUACACUAAGUCUUUAAGUUAUUAGAUUUAAAUAACAUAUGCAACACUAUUCUCUAUCUGCAAAAUAGCAUUGUAGCUAAUUAUAAUCAAGUCAGACACUGAAAAGCUGAAGUAGAAAACCCAAUAAAGAAACUAAAAGUUUUCCAGGAAGAGCUGAGAAAAAUCCCAGGGCCCAGUUGUAUAAAGGGUAGAUAACGCUAUCCAAUGGAUAAAUCGCUAUCCACCAGAUAGAGAUUUAUCCAGUGGAUAGAGUUAUCUGACCUUCCAAUAACCUGAGCCAGAUGUGUUUGAAUAAUUUUGAUAAACUAUUUUGAUCAUUCAAUGUUUACAAGUGAUACGUUUUGCUAUGUGGAAGUAACAUAUACUUUUUGACUGGCAGGUCCAUCCCAGCAGAAAAUAUUUUGCAGUAGCAGAAAAAGGAGUGAAGCCUAACAUCAAUAUCUUUGAGUAUCCUUCUCUGAAGCUCCACCGAAUCCUUCGUGAUGGGACUGAAGAAGCUUAUGCCCACUUGGACUUCUCUCCUAAAGGAGACAAACUUGCUUCUGUUGGCAGUGCACCAGACUAUAUGUUGACUGUAUGGGACUGGAGAAAUGAACAGGUUAUUCUUAGAUCCAAGGCUUUCUCACAGGAUAUUUACAAAGUAGCAUUUUCACCUGAAGACGAGGGACACUUGUGUACUAGUGGCUCAGGACAUAUUAGGUGUGUAAAUUUAUCCUUUUUAUUGAACAGUAUGGAGUGGAUUUUGGUCUGAUUUCAAAGCCUAUGUUCCAUUUGAAAUCAUAAGUAUGAUUAUAGACUAAAAUUGAACUCAGUAACAGCUUUAACAGACUGUUUUUGAAUCCUUAUUGCAUGUGCAUCAUAAUCUUUGAAACUGAACAUCAAAACUUUGUACUUCUGCAGAUUUUGGACCAUGGCAAGCACAUUCACUGGACUGAAGCUACAGGGACAAAUUGGAAAGUUUGGUGCCAAAGAAAUCUCUGAUAUAGAAGGUCAGUGGAAGUAUAUAGUUAAACUUGAACUUCAUGUAAGGCGGUUUUCAACUGUGUGUCAAAAAACCAAGAGAGGAAGUUUCAUAAGUGUGGAACAGAGAAAAACUCUGAGUUCCUCUCAAGGAAAUUCAACUUAGAUCUUGAAUUUCAUAUUCUGUAGUCUGACAAUUCUCUGAUCACUGAGUUUCAGAGAACUUGAUGGCAAUUUAGUUCAUAAUUAUUGCUUUCAUUAGCUUAUGUUGCACACUAACUACCUAAUUUUCUUAAAAACAGGUUUUGUUGAGCUUCCUGACGGUAAAGUACUUUCUGGAUCAGAAUGGGGCAACAUGCUACUCUGGGAUGGUGGUCUAAUUAAAGUGGAAAUUUCCAAGAAAGGCAGGAAACCUUGUCAUGUUGGUAUGAUUGAACAGUUCUUUAUGGAUGAAGGUGAACUCAUGACCAUCGGUGCUGAUGGUUUUGUAAAGGUCUGGGAUUUUGAGAGCAUUGACAAUGCUGACACCACAGAGGAGGGGCAGCUGUUUGAAAUGGACCCAAUGUAUGAGCUGAAGGUAGGGGUAAAAAUUUGGCUGCAAGAACAUGUUACAGUAACAAUUUUUUUUUUCAGUCCUUACUGUAUUUUCCACCACUCAUGCUAAGUAGUGUUCAUUACAGCGAAGAUAACUUUCCUAUUAAUUUCUUAAAACUUUAGUUCACGUAUAUGGUUUUCAUAUAUUCACAGUCAUUGAUUCAUCAAUUCAUGGGUUUAAUUGAAACCAAUAUAAUGACCAGCCCCCAGAUGGCUUGUUUAAGCUCAGUUGGUAGAGUGCUGCACCGGUAGGCCUGAACCUUUUUUUCAGGCCUUAGUUUCACUAUUGCUUUUUAUAAGUAGUGUUCGUUACUGCAAAGAUUGCUUUGCAGUUCACACAUACCAUUUUCAUAAUAUUCACAGUCGUCAAUGUUACAGUUACUGCAUAAAAAUAAAAUUGUCAGAUACCUCUGACAAUGGCAUUUUGUCCAAGCUAAGAGACCCAUCAGAUACCUUUCAGAAUUUUAAAUCAAACUCAGUGAGCAAAUUGUGCUCUUCAUCCCAUGUGCAAAUUGAAGAUGUUAGCAAUCAGGCCUUGUAUCUCCUCUAAAAAAAACUUUAUAACAAAAUACAUGUUCAUGUAAGUCACUACUGGUAAGCCUCUAAGGGUAGCCUGUAUCAGUGACACACUGUGUGUCUAGUUUGUUUUGGUGUAAAUGUCAUGAACUGAGUGCAUAUUUAGUAAGUUAUACAUGUAUAGCCAUGAUGGUAAGAGAAGAUGAACUAAUUGGGUUUUCUAUUUAAGUUACCUGUUUCCUGUGUCAGAAUUGGUUCAGUUUGUGCCAUCACUGGGAGUGUUGUGCAAGCCAGGAAAUGUUAUUGAACAAACACUGUUAUUUAUUAUGAUGCGGACAAUUUAUUCCAACAGGUUGGCACUGAUGUCAAACUCAUGUCAAUGGUCAAAGCUGUGAAUACUGAAGCACCAAUCUGGUAUGCUCAGGUAAGUGUCAGCUAACAUCAUGAGAGUAUUUUCCCCAGUCAGUGAGACACUGACUGUGAUUGGGUUGGACAUGCAUUUGAGCUACAGUAGAAAUGCUCAAGAUUAGUGAUUUUUUAAAACACUUCAAUUCCUUUUCUGAAAUCUCAAAUUACUGAGGCUUUAUUGUUUGAGAUUUGAAAUAUAGAUACUGGUAGUUUAAAUCUUUGCUCAGAUUAAAAGGCAGGUGUAAGCUUGUUGUUAAUUGAGUAAGAUAUGAUGUGUACAUGUCUGAUAUGCUAGCCUACAUCAGUCACAAGCUAAAGCUUUUAAUUUUUUAUCCACCUUUUCUUUGUGUCCAUUGGAAAACAUCUUAACCUAACCUUGAAAUUUUUUUCAAAUCUUUGAUAUUUUUCAGGAUGCCACAGGUGGUAUAUGGAAACUUGAUCUGUCAUUUACUCACACUGUAAGUAUUACAAAGUGUUUGUUAAAGUACAGUAAAAGUAAAGUUGUAAACCUUUAUUUAUUUUAAAGCAGGGUAAAUCCUUCAGUCAUAUGACAUAACUAUUAUCAAGGGAUGCCCUGCUUAUAUCAAAUCUUACCAUAAUACAAACUAUAUUCAUAAACUAUUAACAAAAACAAAUAUGUUAUGAAAUGCAUACAUCUAUGUGUACAUAAAAGUUACAAAAUAACGAUCAAAAAUUAUAAAGCCAUGAUAAUAAAACAAAUGUUUUGCUGACCUGUGCAGACAGAAAAAAAAAACACUUGAUUUUUCUGUCAGAUUUGUAUUUAACCCUAUAACUAGCAGAAGUGAUUAUCAUGCAACUUCUCCCUUUGUUAUCCAUAUAUUAUCCAGCAAACAGGUAGUGAGAAUACUCAAACUCAUCAAACAAAAAUUCUCACAACAAACUUACAAGGAAAUGUGUAUUAGCUAGAGGGGAGAAUUGACACUCAGAUCUUGGGAGUUAAAGGAUUAACUGAACAAUUUUUUUUUACAGAGCCAUGCACCAGAGAGGAUGUACUAUUACCAUGCAGGACCAAUCACUGGCCUUGAAACUUCUCCUGUUGCUCAUUUUGUGGCUACAAUUGGAGUGGAUCGUGAGUAACUUUUUUCCUUUCCUUUUCUUUCUGGAGAUGGGGCAGGUAGUGUUCUCCUUUAUUGGGAUUUGUAUAUAACAGGUUAAAGAAAUGUUCAAAAAUUAAUUGGUAGAGCAAUCCUUUUAACUGUUGAAUUUUAAAAAAAAUCUCAAGAAAAUUUAGGGCAUAUUUAUAGGUACUAUUGGCAGUAAAUUUAACUGGUUUUUGUCUGAUAAGGAGAAGACCUAGGCAAAGGGAUUUGUAGAGUUGCUAAUGUUUCAUAAACUUUUGACUUAUCACUACGUUUGAUUCCGUUUUACAGAUACUGUGCGAGUUUAUGACUACCUCUCCAAGGCACCAAUGUGCCAGACUAAAUACAAUUCAGGAGGUUCCAGUCUUUUGUGGGUUCCUAAAGUGGUGAGUUUAACCAUGGUGCUAUUAGUGUUUGCCUACAACAAAACCUUGACUCAGGGUCACUUGCCUGUAAAAGAAAAAUUGAGUUCAGUUGACUUUGUCUGGUUUUGGAAACACAAUGUUAUAAAUAUUGUGGGAUCACAAGUGGGACAUCUGAACCAAAUCAAUUUACCUGACCAGCGAAUGAAGGGGUAAGUUUCUAAAGAAACUGUGGUGCUGCGUCGGAGGGAGAGUAUAAUAGGGUAAUUUAGUAUUAUCAACUGAGUUGAUAACGUAAAUUGGCCACCGUAAAGUUUUAAAGCUGACGUUUCUAGCGUUAGCCCUUCGUCAGAGCGAUCUAAAUUAUAAUUACCCAAUUUACCUGACUGUUUGUUAAGGUUGUUGAAUGUGUCAAAAACGAACAGCGUAAACCUUUUUGCCUUUUAAAAUUCGUUUAGGUUGAUACCAAAGGUACCAAACUACUUGCUGGUUUUGCGGAUGGCGUGGUUCGGUUGUUAGCACUGAAUAAGGUGGAUCCUUCCCAACUGAGAACUAAAAAGUCCAAGCAGAAAUAUGAGCUCAAUUUGGAGCAAGUUUUUAAACCACACACCAAGGCAGUCACUGUAUUAACUAUCGAUGAGCAAGGAGAAAUUCUGGCCACUGGGGUAAGUUUCUAAUGACCAUUUAAGAUAAUGGGAGUUGACGUGCCAAUCAGAACCAAGGGUGGAGUCAGAUUCCAUAAGCAGACCCUUAAGAUAAAUAAUAUGUUGAUAAUGGAGUUAAGGGUUUAAAAUAUCAACUAGCGUAUGGUAGGUAAAUCAGGUGGUUGCUCACAGAGUGCAACUAAGAAGUUGAACUCGGGGAAACCAUGAAUACAUUCGGUGAGAGAAAAGGAGGAAGGACACCCUAGACCACUUAGCUAUUCUGCUUCCAAGUAAGAACAUAAUUUAAAUGGUGUUUCUUAAGACAUCCUGUUAAAAUGUAUUUUUCAUUGUGACGUUGCAGAGUGACGACUGCACAGUUUUCUUCUUCACUGUUGCUGAAACUUACAAACCGAUAGGAUUCAUUGAGACUGCUUCUCCAGUUGUGUCUAUGGAAUGGUCAAACGAACCUAAGGUAAUUGGAGAUAUUGAGCGCUUUUCAAUUGAGUGUCGUAACAGCCAAUCAGAAGAAAGAAAAAUACCUCUAAGAGCCAAUGAGAAGUCAAAGUAAAACCGACCAAAAAUGACUUAAGCGCGGGAAAACGCGGGCGACCAAGUCGUUAUUGGUUUUUAGCUUUGCAUUUGAUUGGUUGAAAGUUUGGCUUGAGUUUUCUGGACCAAUCACAGAGCGAGGUAAAGCAAAAACAAGGCAAACCUGGAUUAUUUUCGACACUCAAUUAAAAUUGCAGUAAUUGUCUUCUUUAUUAUUUCUAUUUCUAUCACUAUCAAGCAAUUCUCAUUCCACAAGUAGCUGUAUUAUCAGGGUAAAGGAUUUUGCUGAGAAUUAUAGUAUUUGAGCAGGGUUAUUUUAGGGUGGUAAAUCAUAAUGUCCAUGAAUGAUAGUUUGCUUUUUGUGAUGAAAGAAGUGCUCUCCACAGUAAGUCGCUUGAGCUGUUUGCUGCCUUUGGAAUCUCUAUAAAAUAGAAAAAAGAAACGUUAGUGUAAUUUUGCCCUUUCGAAAACCGCCGUUGAAUGUUUUUCUCUCCAUUCACGUUAAAUUGGGUCAUGAAAUGAGCAUAUUAGAUUUUGUUACUCCACAGUACUUAUCGUUCAUAAUCGAGAUUCAUCUUGUCUCCAGGCUCCAAAGAGCGUACUCAUCAGCUGUAAGGAUGGUACAGUUCUUCACGUCGAGGCUCCUGAUCCUGGCAAAUAUGACACGAGUAAGACGUUCCACCUCCCCCUGACUAAUCUGAAGACCAAGGAAUACCACUUCAAGAGUGUCAAGGAUAAACUCAGGGUGGGUAUCUGAGGGGUUUUUUUGCCUUUGGUGUUUUUUAUUUCAGAGGUGAAAAUAAUCUGGGGUUUCAUUAGUUUUGCUUUACUUCACGAUGUGAUUGGUUUAGAAAGACCCGCGCCAUCCUCUCAACUAAACAGAGGCUUUUGAACUUGCACUUUCUCGUGCUUGAGGUCACUUACUUUCCCCACCUACUCCACCCCUUCCACUUGUGUUUUCCCCGUUUUCAUCAAUUUGCUUUUUUUUUCCCCGAGUCGUCAUUGGCGUCACAUGAUAAUUUCCUUCACUCUGAUCGACUGUUCUCAUUACAGUGGCUGUGGUUUUUACGGCAGUCGAUCGGAAAGCGCUUGUGCGGCUGAAAGUGCAUGUUUAUGUUUGGUCAGUAAUGGGGAUGUUUCACGUUUUUACAGAAAGCUGAAGAAGAAGCGCAAAAGGCGAAAGAGGAAGAAGAGAAUAGGAAAAAGAAAGAAGCAGAACGAGCGCGGCGGCGUGCACGAGGAUUGGAAGAGGAAGAAGAACAGGAAGAAGAAAAAAAAGAAGACGAACAAGACGGAGAAGAACAGAAGGAAGAAGAGGAGAACGAAGAGGAGCAACGCAAAGAACCAGGAGAAAUUAUUAAAGGAUUUUACCACGGCAAAACGGAGAAAUUCUGGAUUUCAAUGGUAAGUUAAUCUGUGUCAGUCCCUAAAAUUGCACUUCAUUACAUCUAUUUUGAAAUCGCAAAAAUAUAGUCGUAAUCUAGUUUGUAAUCUAUAUUUUGUGAUUCAAAUGUAGAUGUCAUCUUGAUUUCAGGGCGGUUGGGAUGCAGGGUAUAUGUACCAGUGUGAAUUUGAUGAUGGUAAAAAACCGCCUCCUGCAGAAGGGCAGGAGGACACCCGAGAUGAACCCGUGAAAUCCAUACCCGUGGACAACAGCAAUGAUACACCCAUUAGAUCUGUGUGGUUCAGGUAUGACGGAGAUUAUGACAUUUAGGUUUUCCCUUCUCCAUGUCAAUGCAUAGAAGUGCAAAGUUGUGAAGACUUUCGUUAGAGGGCUUCAUUAAGACAGUUUCCUCACUCAUUCCAAGGAUAAAAAUUGUCUUUAGUUUCGUGAGUAAAAUCCUCUUGUCACCCCACUGGUGUGUUUCGGAUCUCAGCACUUGAAUCUGAAAUCUGAAAUAGACACUUGAAUCUGAAGUUUUUGCUAUCUCAAACUUGUUGCUCCGUAGAGUUGUUGCUUUGAGUAAAAGAGUACUCGAAGUCUCCAUCUCCAGCCAAUUUUAUUUUAAUUCAGGCUAGGAGUCGACCCCGAAGUUUUUGAUCCAGAGUCCAAUGGGCCGAUCCUCAGUACACCGCUUCUCUCUGCGUCGAUGUUUUCAAAUACAUGUACUGAGAUUUUUUCUCUUUCGUUUUUCAGUCACUCAGGUAAAUUCCUCCUUUUUGGCAUGGACGAUGGAGUUCUUCGUAUUCAUCCUCUAGACGGAUCGAACGACUUUGAAAACUUCAGCAAUUUUUGGGCGCUUAAUGUGCACGACAACCAUCAUGGAGGAAUCCGACACAUAAAGACCAGCUUUGAUGACAAAUAUGUCUUCACUGCUGGAAUGGAUGGUAACUUCUUUGUGUUUCGCUUCAUGGAUAAAGCUGUGAAAGGCCUGAAAGUGUCUCAUAAGGUGUCCAUACCCUCGGCAAAGGUGAGAUAAGCAGAGGGAAAUAAGUAAUGCUCCAUUCACGCUAUGCAUUUAAAUUGUUCUCUUCAUAGAAGUUGCUUAAUAUGAUGUUUGUCGACUUCAAAUCUAGCACAAUGAAAAUUCAAGAUGAUGAUUACUUGAACCCUAUGUAAAAUUCACCUUUGCACUUUUCAGUUGCUAAUUGUCAUCCUGUACAAGCAAAACCCUGGUCUUACUAAAUAUAUUUUGCUUGUAUGAAUGGGGCAUAAGGCCAGUAUAGAACAAUGUUUGGUCUGUUGUCAAGAAUAAUUCGGGUAACUACAGUUUUAGCUGCACAGCACUUCCGUGAUUGGUCCAGAAAUCAUACGCCUGGCUCUCAACCAAUCACAUGGUCACUCCCAUUUUCGGCGAAAAGAAACGAAAUGAAAACUUUUUUCGUGUGAGGCAAUGUAGAGGUUUCGUUAAAUAACCUCGGCAAAUCCUUUCCUCGCUUGUUUGUAUUAUCUUGUAAUAAAAUAAAGGCGUAAUCAAACAGACAGAGGAGAAGAAGGUACAGAGGAUGGUCAACCCCAUUCUAAUGUCUGGCUAUCAUAUCCUGAUUAUUUUAGAAGCUGAUUGGAGAAGAAGGUGAAGAGAUAGUGAAGAAGAUCGACGAUAUUGAUGACCCAAACCAUUACAGUAUUGAACUCGAGAAGCAGAAGGCGGAACAUGACAGAUUGGUUAAAUUGGCCGAGGAGAAAAAGCAGGUAUUUACAGGCGCAGCGCAUGUAAACCCAUUCAAAAGGUAAACUGCGUAGCAACCGCAUGAGAAAAGAGAGCUAAGUUUCUGGGAGCUCGUGCAAGAGGAAAAACGCGUCGGUGAAAGAGGAGAACUCUCUCCGACCCUUGUAUGUGCCUCAAGUUUUACCACUUGACUUCGGAAUCAGCCACGUGUGCAAAGUGAAAAAAUCCCUGGGAUCGCAAUUAUGUUUCGUAGCUAUACUUUGUUUUCCUUCUUUUUCCAGAACAUCCGUCGAAAGAUUGGAAAUUUAAGAAGAGCCUUUAAGGAGUUAAUGACGAGAAAUCAGAAACUUCCUCCACAUGUGCAGAUUACAACCGAUGUAAGUUUUUUUUCCAUUUUUGUGUUGACCGAAAUAUCAUCAACCGCUGUAAAGUAAACUGUAAAGUCUUCCAAUCCUGCUUGCAUGAGGUUUGUGGUAAGGAGUCAAGUCCACAAUGUUUUUUUUUUAAGCUGUUAUCUGAGGGACUCCGUGCUUUUGUUACUUUCAGGAAUUCGAAAUUGAUCCCGAUCUCGUCACGGAACAGAAAGCUGAGGUGGAUAACAAAGUGAGUAUACAUUAAGUAGUCUAUUUGUAGCCUAACUGUUCAAGACGCUCAAAUCGUUAGGACAAGCGAGAAGGCGUUGUGCGCAAAAGGAAAAAAUUGUUGGACUUUCCCGCUCGCUUAACUUUUCCCUUGCCUACACUUACUGUGAACGUGACGCAAGCUAAUCCAGGUGCUCUUGCUGAGUAAAUGCAUCAGACGAACCUGUUUUUGUUUCUGUUUUUGAUUUUGGCCUUUAGAUUGAACUUGUUCGUAAAGAGAUGGCUUGGGAAGCAGAAAAGAAGUCUAUUGGAUUGAAAAAACUACAAAAAAGGUGAGAAAAGCUUUCACAUUUUGCUGUCAUGUGUUCCUCCACUGAGUUACAGAAUUAGGUUUUAAACUCGGGUAUGGCAUCUCUUUGUAAUUUUAUUUGUCUCUAUUUUCGUGUCGUGACGACUUUUUGAUGCUGUUGAUUGAAAUAAGAUAUUAAACAAUGCUUGUUUUUUUCCCUUGCAGAUUUAAGGACGAGGUUGAAUGUGAUCGGAUCGUACUCCGCGCGUUCCUUACUCCUCAUCUUGUGACAGCCUUCAGAGCAGCUAAACCAGACUACCUUCACCAGCUGCUACAAGAGGCCGGAGGGACCAGGGGUGGGGAGGGAACUGACGGGGGAGUGUCAGGGAGAAAGAGCUUCUCAAGUGCAGCGCAGAAAGCAGCUCAGGUGAGGGAUUAUCAUCGAUACUUAAUUUAUGAGCAUGCUCAAUCGAGACUUUUUGAAAGAAAACUGGGAAUGAGCUGAGUGGCGUGUGAAAGCAAAUCACGAGUUAUAUAGCAACAGCCAAUCAGGAAAAGGAAAAAUCGCAAGGAGCCAAUAAGAACUCAAAGUAAAAGCGGGAAAAAUGAGGUGAUCACGUUGUGAUUGAAACAACAUACCAAGGUAUCCCUGAUACCCUUACUUUUCUUCCUCUCCCCGACAACAUUGCACAAUGCUCCCAGUGAGUUUAUGACAUUGAAUGAGGCGGGAGGGGAGGGUAUCGUGGCAAAUUGUCCUCCAGUUUUAAUUUUAUUGCCAGAUACUUCCUCCAAAGUGGUAACGUGAAUGUUAGGCGUCCACUAUAUUUGUCUUUGAUUUAAAAUCCCUUCUGUAUACUUGCAAUACUUGAUGUUGUAAUAUGGAAUAGUUUUAUGAUCGGAAAAUCAUUUUAUGCAGAUGAAGAGACGUAGCACACAAGAUAAGAUAACAGCAAACCAACAACAACAACAACAGCAACAAGCUCCAGUGUCACAAGGCCAGCUGGGAAGCAAAGUCGCUAAUGCGCUAGCUAAAGCAGAAGCUCGCAGGCAAAAGAGACUUGCCAGACAAGCCGAGGUACUGAGAACUAUUUGCUGUCCGUUUGUAAAGCUCCAAAGAGAGCCAGUGAUAGGGCCAAAACUGAGGAUUGCAGGAUUCGUUCCCUGCUCUCUUAGGAAAAGAAAACAAAAAAUACAUUUAUUAGAUCAUUAUGUUGCGAAGAGUUCAACUAAAGCAGGUUGCAAGAUACUUUGGUUUUAUUAACUGAGUUGAUAAUGUAAAUUGGCCACUGUAAAGAGUUUCUAAGUCGCCGUUUCGAGCGCUAGCCUUUGGUUAGAGCGUUUCGCUCUCCAAAUCAUCUGUUUACACUCCCCCACCGACGCAGCACAACAGUCUCUGAAGAAAAAACCCCCGUUAUUCAUUUAUUCAAGCUCGGGAAAACUCAUAAAGGACGAGAGCUAGCCUACUAGCUCACUAGGUUUCUCAUAGUUACUGAAAUAAAUUUUAGGAUGUAUUGCAUGUGAAAGCUCUGCAGUUAAUUCUUUUUGCAGUCAUUCCUAGAUUUCUUCAACAGUCAUACUUUGAUUUGUCUCUUAGUGGGACGAGUUGUAUCGUAGCAAGCCUGACGAAGGUUAUGAAGAUCCCAAAGAUCUGGCUGCCAUUAAAGAAGCGCGAGAAAACAUGGGCGAUUAUAAGCUGAAGACUGCUAAAGAUUAUGUGGUGCCCGAAAGUCAAAGGGUGAAUGCGGAAAAGAAGAGGAUUCAACUCCUGAACCUUCUUGACCAGGUAAGUUUUACCAAUUACAUUUUUGCGUUGUGCUUUUUUUGAAAGUAAAUUUCAUCGAGUUUGAAAGGAAUGUAAGUUGAAAUGUUCGGAGAAGCGAACGGGUUUUGAUGUUGUUUUUCGUUUUUGUUUUUCAGAUUCAUCAUUAUAAGUUUGAAUUCAACCAUUCAUUCUUAGCUCUCCGAGAUAAGAAAAUCAAGAUAAUCAAAGAGGUAAUUCAAGAUUGGUAACCUACUUCCUUUGCAGUGAAGUCUGUCUACAAGAAUUGUGUCCUUUUGUUUAUACUUGCACUUUCAUUUUGUAGUUGAAGGAAGUGGUCGCACAACUUGAGGAAGUACAGCGCAAGAUCGACCCGUAUUCCCGACGGACCAUCCCGAAAAUACCCGAAAUGAUGCCCGAUGAAUGUCCCGAAAAGUAAGUUUUGUUAGAGAGUCAGUUUAUGGUGGAAAACGUCAAUCAAAAUCAGGAAACCAAUCAGAACUGGAUUUGACAAGUUCAGGACAAAAAAGUUUUUUCUGUUAUCUGAAGAUUUUUUCAGAUCGAUCAAGUAUUGGAAGCUUUCUGUCUCUUUUCACCUUAGUAAAGAAAAACGAAAACUUUUCUGCGCCUCAUUCGCCGGAAGAAAUUUGUGUUUGCUCAUAGGAUUGAGCCGCAAUUCUGACACACUCUUCACAAUAAAAUAGUAUUUGGUGGUAAUCAAAUAUUUCUGGACAAGCAGUGCGUUUCAGUGAAAGCAGCUUCCGUUUAUUAAAGAGAACUGCGGUCAUUUAUAAAUUUCUUACAGUUUAACUUGUGGACGUUGUAAACAGUGUUAGGUAUCUUUUUCACGCAUGGUCGGUUCUGGACAGUGCUUUUCAUGUCGGCCCCAAUCUUUCUGUUGGCAAAUUUCAUCGCAGUACAAAUUCACACGACAACCACUGCACAUCAACAAGGAAGCACUCACUUUUCCACAACUUGCGCACUUCGGUAUUUCUCUCUCUCGUUCAGCUCUAGCAGCCUUCGGUUUUGAAUCUUCUCUUGCGCGUUUUUUCCUCUUUUUUAUCGCUGUGAACUGAUGAAUUGUUUUCUGCCGUGUUUCAUCUUUCACCUUCGCCAUCUCCUCCUUGUGGGUGCGUUCCAUGUCAUCAAGAGCUUUUUGUAACUCUUUGUUCUUGUCAUUUAUCAAGGCUUGAAUGGAUUUCUUUGCGGUGCUGUGCACUUUCUCAACAGCUAGUUGACUUGCUUCUCUUUCCCUGUCGAUCAUCCUCCGGAGAAGUUCUUUUUUCUUUUCAACUUGAACUUUCUCCUCAUUGAUUUUCGCGGCCGCCACCACGGCAGCCGUUUGUAGCACGCUCUGUCUGUAAUCAUCGAUUAAGUUUUCUGUACUUCUCUGACAAGAGUCCAUGGCAUCUUGCAGUUCUUUAAUCCUGUCUAGUAGGUUUCUAGACAUUUUUCUCAACUGAAAAGCGUGUUAGUGGAACGGAAUCUGAGACAAUAAGUUUAUCUUCACCUUCCACACUGAACAGGGUUUUAGCGCGGUGAUUGUUAUUUUUGGUUGCCAUGGAUUUCCUUUUAAACAUUGUUGACGUGUUUACGUGUACUUGCGCGCGCGAACGUGAGAUUUGCAAAUGGGUUAAUGGAGACGUUAGUUAAUUAAUGCUUCAAAAGAGUUGAUUAAAACUUGUUUUCUCGAUGCCCUCCAAAGUGAUAAUAGUAGCAAUAAAGUUAAUGUUCUUGGGAAUAAAUAAGUUGUGACCCAUAUCAGAGUUAUUUUGAUGGGCCCAAACAUUUAUGUAUGCCCGCGAUUAUGAACCAAAUUGUCUUCAUUUAGAUUGUGUUACAAUAGUUUCUCUGUUCAUGGGUGAGUUCUUAAUAGAAAACUGGCAUAAGGUGGAUUAUUGAUUUUAUUUCUGCUUCGUUUGUAGGCGCCUUGAAUACACACGUGAGCAGUUACUUGAAUUCAAGAAACAAAUGGUCGAAAAGGUUCAUCAGGGAGAGCAGGGAGGGGGAUUUGGAGGUUUUGGUGGAUUUGGUGGCGGGGGAACUGAGGUGAGCAGACGUUUGUUUUCAACGGGGAACUCAUAGACUGCGUUUUUGCUAACUUGCUGAAAGAUUUCACGACUGGCCUUAGCUACACAGGGGUUUAUCAUUGUGCGGAACUAACUCAUGGACCUCUUUAUUCUUGUUUCUCUGUGAACGGACAUUAUAUUUUCUCUACAUCAAUGUUUUCCACUUGUCCUUUCAGACCUCAAAAUUGGCUCCAACAAGCAAGCCAGGGACACAGCAAAGGGACCGCUCUACCUCUUCUGUCUCUGUACAUUCCCUUGGAAGGCCCAAGUCUAGUUUGAGUACUUUGACGGACAAAGAAACCCCCGAGCCCGCGUUAGAGGACAUCAGCGAGGACCCGUCCGUGCUGGAGCAGGAGAUGCAAUAUGAGGAGCAAAUCAGGUUGGACAAGUAUUCUUUCAACAAUUUUUUUGUUCGGAGGGGAAAGGGGGCGGGGGGCGUAUUUGAGUGAAGACCUAAUUCAUUCGUCAACAAAAGGAACAGGAAAAUGUCUUACUAAGCAAGUGAAAAUGGCACACUAUUAAAACGUGCGCCAAAAUGAAAUUAGGUAAGGAACGCAAGAAAACGGGCAACCGGCGGCAAGCACGGGAAACUGGUCAAUCAAAGGCAAGCGCGGGAAUGGUCCAGCUAGUCCCACGCGAGGGAAAAUAUGUCAACACUGGCUAACCGGGGAAUUUUAAAAUUGAAAGUAUUGUGCUUUUUUUUCGGUUUUGUCGCAUGCAAGGUAUUGUGACUUCAAGGUUCACUGUGUCCUAACAACUCUAAACCUUAACCCUAAUCCCUGAAUCUUCCACAAUGUUUUUAAAAAAAUGAUAUUAAACAUCCUGUUCUGCAAUCCAGGUUACAAUACGAACAAGAUAUAUUGAUCGACAAGAUCACCAGCACACUGGAGAAAUUUGAUGCCGAUCUGCGAUACCUAAGACACGAUAAAAUGCAUCUAGAAGUUGCUGUGAAGUGCGCUGACUUAAGGUGAGGAUUUGAAGCGGCAGAUGUGAAAAGAGCGGGAUAGGGGGUCUCUUGAUCUCAAUUUUUUUCUUGUCGCCUUUUCCUUCGAAUUCACGAUUUCCUUUUUCUUCCCUGUUGACGUCAGAUCGCGUAGGGGGUGGGGGGGGGGGGAGGGGAAAGAGUGGGAGGGCCGGCAGAGGGAUACUAAGGGUAACUUUUCGAUUAUUCCUCUUGUUGUUCCAGUCACUUUAUUCCACGAAUCCUGGCGUUAAGUGUUUGGUUUUUUUGUCAAGAAGCAGCAUGAAAACUAGUGAAAGCCAUAUUCAUUUACCAAUUCAGUAACUGUUGCACAGAUACAAUAAAUAAUACUUAAAAACGACGAUGAAGUGAGAUUUUGCAGUAAUGUAACAUAACAGAAAUUGUACUUAUGAACUCCAACUUUUGGGAAGACUCUAAGCUUCGUUUGGUUGAUUUUGGUUUUUUUUUUUUGACAGGCAAGUUACUCUGUUUGAAGAAUUCAUGCUGCUAAAAGAGUUCGAGAAAAGAGAGAACAGCUUUGCUAACAAAGUAAACACCAAACUUUCUGAGAAGGAGGAGAUGCAGGAGAAGGUAUUAAGAAAGACUUCACAGCGAUGUGCUGUUUGUUUUUUUCUUCAAACGUUGAUUGUCGUGUGGCAACUCAAAAAAAUAUUUUUAUAUUCCAACUCAUUUUUUGAGCAUUGCUCCAGCGCUCAUUAUUGUUUUGUCGAUUUUAUUAGGCCUGGCGAAACUGAAAAACCUAUGUUCUUGCCGGCGCACGCAACCAACGCUGCUUUGUGUUCAAAACACCUGAGAAAUUUGCAUUUUCAUCUUCGAACUCCUGCGCGUAUCACGUGCAGUCUGCGUAGAAGUGUAUAAACUAAUUGGCCCUACUCAAAGGACAGAUUAGCUGGCGCUAUUUUUGCAUAUCUAUUUGCGGAAAAUAAUUGCGGGUCCAGCCAGUUAAAACUAAUGGAAACAGGUGUUCGUCUAAUCUUUUGGUCUUGGCUUGAACGAUAACGGAUCAAACUUGUUUCUCCUCCAGGUGGAAGACUGUCAGUUGAAAUUAGACUCUAAGAAACAAGACAUCGAAAAACUCCAGGAGCAGGAAAAAGCGCUGUACACCACAUUCACGGCAGCUCUUGGCGAGAACAACAAGUUCGAGUCGUUUUUGACACGCGUUUUUAAGAAAAAAAUCAAACGUGCCAAGAAGAAAACUCAAGCUGAGGAGGGUUCGGACGAAGAAAGCGAGGAUGAGGACAGCGACGAGGAUUUGUCAUCCAGUGAUGAAGAGGAUUCUGACGCAGAGGAACUGGACGACAGCGUGUGUCCACCAGGGUGUGACCAAGCUUUGUUCGAUCAGGUGUGUUACUAAUCCUUAGUAUGUGGGGACUAUUGCAAGAAGGAGUGGCUGACGCUGUGGCCUCGUGGCUUGCGCGUCGGAAUAUGGAUCGAGAGUUCUGGGCCCAAGCCUUGCGUGGGCCAAUGUGGUGUGUUCUUGGGCUAGACAAUUGGAUACUUUCAAAUUGUCAGGGAAACCUGGUGAAUUGCUUGGAAAUAACCUUCAAUGGAACUAACGUCCCGUCUAGUGGGGACUAAUGAUGUUCAAACUGCAUUAUACUGCGGACAAUGGAAUAAGUUUCGACAGCAAUAUACCACUAGGCUCGAGCAACUUAACUUGACUUUAUUCGUAUUUACUGAAAUCAGUUUCGCUGAGUUUCUAUGUGAGUUUUUUAAAUUUAUCGUCAUGCGGUUUAAUCAUCAGGUUCUUGCUCGGGUAGAGAGGGUAACCGUAUCUUCUGCUUUAAAACAAGUCAAUUGCGUAGUUGAUUGAUUGACAUGUUGACUAACUGAUUGACUUGCUGAUUGAUUGGCUGACUUAAUGAUUGACUGGUUGAUUGAUUGAUUGAUUCAUCGCUUGAUUGAUUGAUAUGGGUGCUGAUUUUUAUAUCUCGAUUCAAGGUUUGUCAGCUACGCGAACGCCGCUUAGACCUGGAAGAAGAAUUGGCAGAAGAGAAGAAAACAAGCGAGUCCUUGAAGAAGGAAUCUGACGCACUUGUAAAGAAAGCAAAGAUCAUCGAUGGUGCCUUAAAAACAGCAGAAGCUGAUUUGGAAGCUUUCCAGGUAAGCAGAAUGAAUGAAAUGUAAUUUACUGCCAUUUUAAAAUCAUAAAAAUAAAACAGCGUAUGGGAUCGUUUUGCGGUAGAUUAAAAAAAAUUGUUUGAAUUGGAGUAAAAUCUUAAUUCAUAAUUUGCAAUGUCGAACAAAAGCCGUUGAGAUGAACCGGAGUGGAUAGGGAUUGUUUAAGGAUGAAAAAGAUUUUAAUGCUUGGAUUGCAAAUCAUAAACGUGAGUCUUUCAAGAUGCGUAAUGCGCAACAGAGCUCCUUAAAACUUGCUAAUCAGCUUUUUUUUUCGAAAUAAUUUUAGCGUGAGAAGCAGCAAAAACUUAACGAACUGGACGUGGUUGUGGUGCUCAGAUUUCAUCAGAUCCAGUACAUGAUAAACAGUGUGCUGCCUCAGGAUCUGUCGCAGUGUCUUGUUUUUAACAGCCCUGGACUGGUACGACUACAGCACAGGAUCAAAGAGCUGGAAAAAGAGAAGGCCGAGCAGAAGAGACUUUAUAGGUACGAUAAAAAUAUGAUUUGCAUCUUAAAUUCUCUUUUAUACAGACAAUUAUAAAAUUAAUUUAUAAUUGCAUUAGUUGUUUAGCUCACCCAAAUCUGAGUUGUUUUAUUCAUCUUUUAGGGAGCAUCGCCAGACUCAUGUGCAGCUCAUCCGCGACAAGAAAGUCCAGGAAAACAGGGUAAGGUUACUGUGCAGCAUCUAAUCGGCCAAAUCACAGGAAGCCCACUAUUGAACUGAUGUGCACGAAGCAGUGUUCUUUUUCGGGAGAACUGUCGCACAUAACAACAACAACAACCAAGUAACCAAAAUUAUGGGCCCAAAAAAACUCUAAGAAUAGUAACAGAGUAACGGUUUCUUUAAAAACUGGAUUCUUUGAUCAUCCUUUUUUCGCCAUGCGAUCGGGCGUUGCAAGUGAUUACUAUCUUUUCUUUGGCCGCUCCCCACUCGCUGAUGCUCUUCGGAUUGAAAAUAAAGAAACAAAUAAAUGAAUAAUUGAGUGAGAAAGUAGAUAGGAAAGGUAAAAAACUCACAAAAUUACCAUGACUUAUUAAGUAACACUGCAUCGUAAUGUACUUCGUCCUUAGAUCGGUGAAUUGGAAGAGAAAGUUCGUAACAUGUUGAUGUUGAAAUUUGGCCGAUUGGUGGAUCUGGAAAAGCUUGAGACUGUUACAGUAAACAGAACUGUCGAGGAACUAAAGGAGAAACUGAGACAACAAGAGUCUAAGAGCGCCGCGGAGAUCGCCAAGUGGAACGUGAGUUCUUCUUUAAAACUUUACGUCAAAAGUAUCGGGGGGGGCAAGUUUGCAAUACUUCUCUGCUUAUUUAGAAAUUAUGUUAUUGGAAAAAAACAAAACUGUGAUUUCGCAGUCAAAUUCUCCCCACAUCACAGAUUUCUGGUUCUGCUCUUUCUUUACUUUCACCACCGAAUUGGUUGUCGAGACCUACUCCUGGUUUAAGUUGAUUGUUGUUGUUGUUGUUUACUUAGAGCAAGAUUGACUCGUACAAGGGCAAGGUGACGCAACUUACUCGGGAGAACACGCAGAGAUUGGACACUUUCACUGUUUUAUUGCAAGAAAAGAAAGAGCUUGAACAGAUGCUGAACUCACGACAAAAGUCACUUGGUACGGAGUUUACCGGAAGUCGUAAGGCUGACAUCCGGGAACGGCAGCGUUUGGUCCAGCUGGUGCAAUUACAGGCUCAAGAAAUCGACGCUCUCAAGGAUGAAAUAACUUUGCUGUCACGUAAAGGCGGGCAUAUUCUUCCACCGGCACAACCACCCCUCCCUCCUGGACAAACGCCCAUACCCAAUCAAUAACUUGUUAUCGAUUUUUUCUCGAAAAGCCGAGUUUUGAGUGUAAGAACUUAGUAGUUCUCAGGGUUUUUUUCGUUGUUCGCGUAAUUUUUUUUAUACAUGCACUGUAAAUAAUGGAAUGGAGUAUGAAUAUUGGUUAGGAUUUCAAAGAUUAUGUUCAAGCUCCGAAUAAAAAUACUUCGCUUUGAAAUCGGAUGAGAUCUUGUGUGAAUACGUUCUUCACUGUCAUCACAAGGAGAUUGCUUAGCAGAACAAAACCUGAUAUGUAGUAGCAAACAGAGAACUUUUUCAACUGCUUUAAUCAGAUUCC